AGCAGUGCUAAUCAAUCUUUUACACUUCCCAGUUAGCCAUUAUAAUACCUUUAAAUCCAAGUGAAUAGGCGGUAAAAGAGAACCAAAUGUCUGGCCAUUAACGAUAGGCUUUGUUUUUAAAUCUUACAUGCUGUGUUUCUCUAAACCCAAGACCUCUAAUGGAAUAAUGGGAUUGUUUUUCCGACUCCGGAACACUCUUUCUUCUCCUCCGGCGAUAACCUCCUUUGUCAGACACAAACACCACUCAAUCAAUCCCAAAGCCUCACACUUCCUUGGUCUGCUCAAUCUCUGCCGAACGUGCGAGGACUUGAAACCCUUCAAGUCCUUUCUCUUUGCUCAUGGACUCAUCAACCAUGUCUCUUUGUUAGAACAAUUUUUCAGGUCCUGUUUUCAUCUGGGUGCUUCACAUUUAGCUCUCUCUACAUUCCAACAAAUCAAAAGGCCAAGUCUUGGCUUGCAGAACCUGUUGAUCAGGUGUCUUUGCAAUCAUGGCUUAUACCAAGACCUUUUAUAUGUGUGUAUGAAAUCUCGGCUUUCGGGUUGCCCUUCUGAUGAUUUCACAUUUCCGUUUGUGAUCAAGGCCUGUGCGGCUUUGGGAGCUGUUAAGAUUGGUAGAGAGGUUCAUGGUGUUGUGUUCAGAACUGGGUUUGAGCAGAACCUUGUUAUACAGACUAGUUUGGUUGAUUUCUAUGCUAGAACUGGGUCUGUGGAAACUGCACGGCAAGUGAUCGAUAGAAUUCCCCAACCGGACUUGGUUCCUUGGAAUGCAUUGAUAGCUGGUUAUUCGGCGAAUGGAUUCGAUUGGGAAGCGUUAGAGGUUUUCAGGGAGAUUGUUUUCAGUGAUCUGAGGCCGAAUUUGAGUACUCUGGCUAGCAUUGUUCCUGUUUGCACUCGUUUGGGGUGUGUUGGUGCUGGUAAGUCUCUUCAUUGCUUUGCUGUCAAGUCUGGAUACUUUUCGAAUGAUUUUCUGGUUCCUGCUUUGAUUUCAAUGUACGCUGGGGAUGGGGAUAUACGUGGUGCUAGAAAGUUGUUUGAUUCUGUAGUGGAAAAGAAUGUUGCUGUUUGGAAUGCCAUGAUUUCUGCAUAUACACAAAGGCAAGAGCCUGUGUUAGCCUUUGAGUUGUUCCGGUGGAUGCUGCUAGUUGACAUAAGGCCUAAUUUGGUCACUUUCGUGUCGAUUAUUCCCUCAUUUGAGAAUUUCAUUAGCCUUUCUUUUGGCGAGUCUCUUCAUGCUUGUGUAGUUAAACAUGGAUCAGAAAAUCAGCUUCCGGUAUUGACUGCCCUGGUAUCAAUGUAUGCUAAACUUGGUAGUAUUGAUGAAUCCAGGUAUCUUUUCAACCAGAUGCAAAGUAAAAACCUUCUUUUGUGGAAUUCAAUGAUUUCUGGGUACGUGUACAAUGGGUUAUGGGAUUUAAGUCUGGGUUUGUUUCGUGAAAUGCAAGUUUCAAGAUUUGAUGCGGAUGCAGUCUCUGUUAUUAGUAUUCUUUCUGCUUGCUCCAAACUUGAGGCUGAUAGGUUGGGUAGGUCUGCCCAUGCAUUUAGUAUAAGAAAGGGUAUCCACUCGAACAUCAAUCUGUCAAAUGCAUUGUUGGCAUUUUACUCUGAUUGUCAUCGUCUCUCUUAUUCUAUUACUUUAUUUCACAAAAUGCCUCUAAGAAAUGGCAUAACGUGGAAUACAUUAAUUUCCAGUUGUGUGCACCAUGGAGAAAUGGACGGAGCAGUUGCCUUAUACUAUCAGAUGCAGAAAGAGGGUUUCAAGUUGGACUUGGUCACCUUGACCGGUAUACUCCCUAGUUGGAGUGACGAGGAAAACUUACGGCAAGGAAUGGCUUUUCAUGGUUACGCUAUAAAACACGGGUUUGCUUCUGACAUUUCUCUGCUUAACUCACUUAUUAGCAUGUACUUUAAUUGUGGAGACCUUGAUGCUGGGAGGUUGGUUUUCGAAACCAUGCCCAAAAGAACUGUGGUGUCUUGGAAUGCUCUGAUGACUGGCUUUAAGAAUCAUAAUUUACAGAAUGAGGUUAUGGCCGUCUUUGGUCAAAUGAUAAAGGAUGAUCAGAGACCAAAUUAUGUAACUUUGCUAAAUUUAUUGCCUGCAUGCUACUCCCAGUUACAGGGUAAGUCUAUUCAUGCUCUGGCAGUUAGAACAAGUAUUCUCCAUGAAACCCCUCUUCUUUCAUCACUCAUGUUUAUGUAUGCCAGAUUUGACAACCAUGAUUCAUGUAUCUUACUGUUUAAAACGAGAAAAAUGGAGGAUAUUUCUUUGUGGAAUGCCAUUAUGUCGGUGCAAAUACAAGCGAAAAGUAGCGAGAAUACAGUGGGAUUUUUCAAUAGCUUGCUCCAGAUGAAAUUGGAACCAGACAAUUUGACCCUUCUGAAUUUGGUCUCUUCAUGUGCUCAGCUGAAUAGCCUCACUCUUGCUAAUUCUGUAAUGGGUUACAUCAUUCGCAAGGGCUUUGACAAAGAUCUGGUUAUUAGUAAUGCACUAAUAGAUUUGCAUUCAAGAUGUGGAAACAUAUGCAUUGCGAGAAAGCUGUUUGAUGGGUUGGUCAAGAGAGAUGCUGUGUCUUGGAGUGUGAUGAUUAAUGGGUAUGGCUUGAAUGGGAAUGGCGAAGCUGCCCUGGAUCUUUUCUUGCAGAUGAAGCUAUCAGGGAUAGCACCUAAUGGGAUUACUUAUUUAAGUGUUUUAUCAGCCUGCAGCCAUUCUGGAUUGGUUGAGCAAGGCCACGCCGUAUUCAAAUCUAUGGCAGAACAUGGGAUAACACGCCAAAUGAAGCACUUUGCUUGCAUGGUGGACCUUCUAGGAAGAACGGGUAAUUUGACCGAGGCUUAUGACAUUGUUCGGGAACUACCCUGUAAACCUUCAACAAGCCUACUUGAGUCUCUGCUGGGUGCUUGUAGAAUUCAUGGGAACGUUGAACUUGGACAGAAAAUUGGUGGGUUGCUCUCUGAAUUGGACCCUGAAAAUUCAAGACCACAUGUAAUGCUUCAUAAUAUUUAUGCCGCAGCUGGGAGAUGGACUGAUGCUGAUAGAGUAAGGUCUAGGAUUGAAGAGAGAAGUUUGAGAAAAGUUCCUGGUUUUAGUCUUCUAAUGGGACAUUAAGGCAUUGCCUUGAAGAGUCUCCAAUGUAGAUUACUCAAAUGGAAGAGAUAUACGAAGAUAGACAGUUGAAUCCCGUCACAUUAACAUACGGUAACCUUGUAGUUUCUAUUGCAACUCCGACUUCUAGCAAUCUAGCAUUAUUGUUAGGUAAUAACACCAUCUUCCUUUCGAGCCCAAGUGAAAUUUUGACCCCUGAAACCAAAAUCAAUAAGAUUAUAUAGAAUCCAAAAAAGUUCUCAAAUACUUGCUUCUAUUUGGAUUCCACGAUUGGCACCUCUCCACUUCAUGAGACCAAAGAAGUUCAUUAAAACCCAAUACAAAGCCAUGGUAGAUAGUUCUUCCUAUUUAAGGUAGAAUCUGAUUUCGCACUACAGUAAGGGGGGACCAUAGAAAUAAGAAACCCAGCAGUUUGUUCCUAGAAUAACAAAGGUAAUCUCCGCGUCAAUAACGUUUUUUCGAAGAGAAAAUGAUAUCCACACCAGCUUCUGGUCUUCCAACCAGCCCAAAAGCUCGAGUCAACAAGGCCAUUCACUGCUACCGACAUGUUCCUAAUUCGAAAGCAAGAGUCGUUACCUUCCAGGUUCAACCUCACCUUUGUUUCCGUUCACCCAACUUAGUGAGUGGUAGUUUCUUCUAAACCAGGAAGGAGGUAAAUGCCUUAUUAAAGGGAUAAAGAUCCGGAUGCCCAAUAAUAUUUCACCUAUUUUUGAGUAAGAGAACAACCAAGCUGGGGAAAGUGGGUAGGAGAGUCAAGUAAUGAUUUUGUCUCCAUCAUACCUCCAACCUUGAGAUUAAUCCAGAAGGGAGAUGAUAUGUCUACUUGCACAAGAAGCGGAUGAUAACUGAGGGGGACAUGCAAGUCCAUAAUUCUCACUUGGACUCCUCAUGUCAGUAUCCAAUAAUACUCUUCUUCUCGAAAGAAAGCUGAUAUUGUUGCUUUAAAUAAGCAC